AUGUUGUACUUCAUGCUGUCUUCUGGAGUCCCAAACAUCCCAGAUUUUGUGGGCAACAAAUACAUUGAUGAGGUGGUUGUGGCUCACUAUGACAGCAUCAUGAACAAAUAUGAACCCAGACAAGCUUGGGUACAGAAGUUCAUAGAAGAUCAUCCACAAUACCUUGAAAACUUGCUACAGGAGGCCAAGGGUUAUCACCAGAUGUUCAAAGUUCAAACUGACACUUUCAAGCAGCACUCAAAUGAAAGUGGCGGUGUUCACAUUUACCAGCAGAUUUCGGGCUGUGAAUGGGAUAAUGAGACUGAAGAGGUAAAUGGCUAUAACUUGUAUGCUUAUAACGGAGAGGACUUUAUAUCAUUUGACCUGAAGACAGAGACAUGGAUCGCUCUGAGCCCACGGGCUCAAAUCAUUAAAGAGGAAUGGGACAAAAAAAAAGAUGACAUCGUCUUUUGGAAGAACUAUCUUACCAGUUUUUGCCCAAUGUGGCUGAAAAGGUUUUUACCCCAUGGACAGAGUGUUCUCCAGAGAACAGACCUUCCAUCAGUGUCUCUCCUCCAGAAGACUCCCUCCUCUCCGGUCAGCUGCCACGCUACAGGUUUCUACCCUGGCAGAGCCAUGAUGUUCUGGAGGAAAGAUGGAGAGGAGCUUCAUGAGGACGUGGACCUCGGAGAGAUCCUCCCCAACCCUGAUGGAUCCUUCCAGGUGACUGUUGACCUGAACCUUUCAUCAGUCACACCUGAAGACUGGACCAGGUACGAGUGUGUGUUUCAGUUCUCUGCUGUGAAGGAGGACAGUGUCACCAGACUGGACAAAGCAGUGAUCAGGACCAACUGGGUUGAAACUGACAAUGAGGAGCCCAGUAACAGGACCCCCCACAUUACUGCUGCAGUGGUUGUUGUUGCUGCUGCCGUCGUCAUUGCUGCUGUUGGAUUUGUGGUUUACAAAAAGGAGAAAGCCAAUCGCCCUCAACCCUCUCCUGUCGAGCUCGCUGAGAAACUGAAUCCAGAAACAUGAUGGCAGACACAUCGCCCUGCACACUGUGAUGUCAUGUGGGUCAACAGAAGAGAAAAUGUUGUAAGAAGUACUGACACCUUCAGUUCAACAAGCUGCAAGAAUCUAAUAGCAGAGAAACCUUUUGAGAUUGUUUUGUCAUUUACUGUAAAACUUCUGUCACAUUAUAGCUGUAAAGAACAUAUUAGACAGAGAGUGUUUCCUAUGACUGAUUGGUUUUAUAUAGAGAUGUUAUGAAGUGACUGUUUUCUGAUUCAUUUAAACUGCCUUUUUUAUUAAUUUUGUACAGAUUUUUUAUUUUUCUAUUGUGUAUUUGAUUAAAUGAAUGGAGAGGUGUCAACUAUGUUUUAGUAGGAAAUGUCAUGUUUGGUUUUCAAGUUUGUCCACUUAAUUCUCUGCAUCUGAUAUUUGG